AUGCUUACAGCGGUCUGUGGUUCUCUUGGCAACCAGUGCUCGGAGACACCCUGUUCUUCUCCAAACCACUUGGAGCUGCAGCCUCUGCAGACCUACCAGCCUCAACCCAGUUCGGAGAGCGGGGGAGAUUUCCCAUCCCCUCUGCAACCCACAGAACUGCAGCACCUGCCUCUGGCUGGGCCUGACACAGACUAUUCGGCCAGCACUGGAUACGAGCUGCAUGGGUCUUCAAGGCUAGACUUGGACAGUGAAAGUCAGCUGCCCCCGGGCUCAUAUUCUAAGCUCCUGCAGGCAGCACCAGAUAUGGCUCACCACUAUGAACCUUGGUUCCGACCUACGCAUCCUAGCAAUGCCACUGAUGAUGGUGGUGUCAAUCCAUGGUGGGAUCUCCAUGCUGGGUCCAGCUGGAUGGAUAUUCAGAGUGGUCUCCAGCCUCCAGGACACACAGGUGGACUUCAGCCAGCACUGAGUGGCUAUGGCUCCACAGAACAUCAACUCUGUGGCCCGCCUCACCACCUGCUGCCUUCUGCGCCACACCUCAUGGGGCAGGAAGUGAUAAAAUCUCUGGAUUCUACUCAGGAGUCCCACCCAAUGGAGCAGGCUGGAGAUGGGAGUGGAAGGCCAAAGAGCUCAAGGCGCUCCGUGACGCGGAGUUCUGGUCAAGCUGCCUGCAGGUGCCCCAAUUGUCAGGAGGCUGAAAGGGUGGGUCAGUGUCCUGAUAACUCCAAGAAGAAGCACCUCCACAACUGCCACAUCCCUGGUUGUGGUAAGGCCUACGCCAAGACAUCCCACCUGAAGGCCCACCUGAGGUGGCACAGCGGCGACCGCCCUUUUGUCUGCAACUGGUUGUUCUGUGGCAAGCGCUUCACCCGCUCCGAUGAGUUGCAGCGGCACCUUCAAACCCACACAGGAACCAAGAAAUUUACCUGUCCUGUUUGCAACCGUGUCUUCAUGAGAAGCGACCAUCUCAGCAAGCACAUGAAGACGCAUGAGGGCAUGAAGGAGGAAGCAGAGGGAGAGGCCAAAGUGGGGACAGAACCUCCUGCCAAGGUCAAACGGGAACCUGAUGGAAGCUCUUCGAGUGCUGCUUCCCAACCCAACUGA